GGCCACUGCUCCAGGCAGGGUGACUCCAGGGAAUGAGCUGGCCUGGGAGAUGCGUGGAUGCUAGUUGGUUACUAACUCCUCUGUCUGUCUGUCUGUCUCUCUUCCUCUGGAUUUCUUUCGGUCUCCCUCCCCUCUCUGAGCCCCUGUCUGCCCACCUCUGAGCCCUUCUUGCCCUGUCCCCAGCACUCACCAUCCCUGCCCCUCUCUCCCUUGUUCCUGUCCCUCUAUUGGUCUCUGCCUCACAGCUCACCAGCAUCGCCCCUUCCUUCAUCCUCAGGAGCUCACUCUCCACCCCACCUGCCCUACAGGAUGCUGCAGCUGAGCCUCUCCUGGCUGGGACUCGGGCCGGUGGCAGCCUCCCCAUGGCCGCUCCUGCUGCUGGUCGGGGCCUCCUGGCUGCUGGCCCGCGUCCUGGCCUGGACCUACACCUCCUACAACAACUCUCGCCGCCUCCAAUGUUUCCCGCAGCCCCCAAAACGCAACUGGUUCUUGGGUCACCUGGGCCUGGUCCCCCCCACGGAGCAGGGCUUGAGGGGCUUAACUCAGCUGGUGGCCAACUACCCCCAGGGAUACAUGAUCUGGAUGGGCCCUAUCACCCCCCUGGUCAUUUUCUGCCAUCCUGACUUGAUCCGGAAUGUUGCCAAUGCCUCAGCCACCGUCGCACCCAAGGACGUGCACUUCUAUGACUUUCUGAAGCCCUGGCUGGGGGAUGGGCUCCUGCUGAGUGCCGGUGACAAGUGGAACAGCCACCGUCGCAUGCUGACACCUGCCUUCCACUUCAACAUCCUGAAGCCCUACAUGAAGAUUUUCACCAAGAGUGCAGACAUCAUGCAUGCCAAGUGGCAGCACCUGGUCACAGAGGGCCACACCCAUCUGGACAUGUUUGAACACAUCAGCCUCAUGACCCUGGACAGUCUGCAGAAAUGCGUCUUCAGUUUCGACAGCAAUUGCCAGGAGAAGCCCAGUGAAUAUAUUGCUGCCAUCUUGGAGCUCAGUGCCCUAGUGGCAAAGCGGCACCAGCAGAUCUUCCUGCACGUAGACCUCCUGUACUACCUCACCCCCGACGGGCGGUGCUUCCGCAGGGCCUGCCGCCUGGUUCACGACUUCACAGAUGCUGUUAUCCAGGAGCGGCGGCGUACCCUCCCCAGUCAGGGCAUUGAUGACUUCCUCAAGGCCAAGGCUAAGGCCAAGACCUUGGACUUCAUUGAUGUGCUCCUGCUGACCAAGGAUGAAGAUGGGAAGGGAUUAUCAGACGAAGAUAUCCGAGCUGAAGCUGACACCUUCAUGUUUGAGGGCCAUGAUACCACAGCCAGCGGCCUCUCCUGGGUCCUGUACAACCUUGCAAAACACCCAGAAUACCAGGAGCGCUGCCGGCAGGAGGUGCAAGAACUCCUGAGGGACCGUGAGCCUAAGGAGAUUGAAUGGGACGAUCUGGCCCAGUUGCCCUUCCUGACCAUGUGCAUCAAGGAGAGUCUGCGGUUGCACCCCCCCGUCACAGUCAUCUCCCGCCGCUGUACCCAGGACACUGUGCUCCCAGAUGGACGGGUCAUCCCCAAAGGUGUUAUCUGCCUUAUCAGUAUUUUCGGGACCCAUCACAACCCAUCGGUGUGGCCAGACCCUGAGGAACUGCAUUGGGCAGUCAUUCGCCAUGACAGAGAUGAAGGUGGUGCUGGCGCUCACGCUGCUGCGCUUCCGUGUGCUGCCGGACAAGGAGGAGCCACGCCGGAAGCCGGAGCUGAUCCUGCGCGUGGAGGGCGGACUUUGGUUGCGUGUGGAGCCGCUGGGUGCAAGUCAGCAGUGACCCACCGCCGUCUGGCCUGCGAUCCACCCUGACCCUAGACACCUCACUUUGCAGAUUCCUAGAAAUAAAACUGUGCUGUCA